ACGUCCCAGGGUGGUUUGGGUUUCCUCUCUGCAUCUCUGCUUCCAGGAGUGAUGGGCUGUGGCAGGGAUGCGGCAGGUGGCAUCUGCAGGCACAGAGUGGUGAGUAGCAGGGACCCUCUAAGUGCUGGCUCUUCCCCCAAGACUCAGUGCAAACGGUCACAGCUCCUGUGAAGAACAAGCACUUGGAAAAUUCACUGGAAAAUGGAAUUUAAAGAUGGCUUUAUUUCGGUGCAAAGCAGUUUUCCAAUGCGUGCUUAGUCUUUCACAACACGCUUGUUCCAUGAACUUGUAGAGGACCCCUCAUAUUGGAAAGAAGAGAUGCAAUUCUCCAUACAAUUGGGCUUAGCCAGAGUUAAGCCAGUGAUAACAUAUUUACAAACACUUGUAUGUGUUCUGGAAAUAUGCAUUUAAAAUUUACGUUUACAUGGAGUAAGUAAAUUCACAUAUAUACAUAGACACAUAUUAACAAACCCAAAUUCUUUUUUUCAAAUGGGUCGUAUGCUGUAUUUACUUAUUUGCAGAUAUUUUCCCAUCUUAUUUCUGAAAACAAAAUCUUAUGUGUCCAAGCAGGUACUAAAAUUGGAGGCUGCAGUGACGUGUCUCACAAGACAACACACUAACUGUCCUCUCAGGUAGGUUCUGUGGUGUAGACAGGCUGCCGUGUAAACAGAUGGGGUGUGUGUUAAUUACCUAUAACCAGCACGAUGCUAAGAACUCCCACCACUUUACCUCACUUAAUCCUCAGUAUACUGAGGUCAGGAAUUAUGUCUACACCCAGGUAAGUGGUUGGUGGGCUGAGGGCUGGCCAUUCCGUGGCUGCCCCAUGUCCCUCGGGUCCUUGGAGUGAUUCCCAUGUGAGGACUGGCCCAGCUCCUGGUUCCAUGAGCCUCACUAGCCACAGCUGCAGAAACUCCCGGGGCUGCCCAGUCCUUGGGACUGAGGAGGCUCCGUUGUGGCAUCAGGGUUUGCCCGAGAUUGUCUCAGUGACUCUGUCAGUCCUUCUUAUCUGGAAUAUAUACCUGGGAGAUUUUUAGAUCCCAGUUCGAUCUUUAAACCAGAUAGGUUGAAUCUUAGUUCAAUGGCAAAAACCCUAGGAAAGGGAGUUUGGUUCUGUUUAUUCUGUGUUUGUGACAGCACAGGCCAUGGCUCAGCCCACUUCCAACCUGCUGGUCACUGACACUGUCUGCCGUUAGCACGCCUGUGACCUCGCACUGUGGCAACCUCAGCAUAAUUCAGGAUGCUUCUGGCUCAUCAUUGUGGGUGGUUACUUUUCUAAAAAGAAACCAUUGAAUUACAGGCAGUUUAUGUUCUGCAGCUCUACAGGUGUGGAGGAAGUCAUCUGGUUAAGUACACUUAGGUUGGUGCCUUCACACCCAGCCAUACCCUAUGCAUUCACUGCAGGGGACUGCAUCUCAUCAACCCUGAAGCUUUCCCUGGGGUGAGACCUCAUGGAUAACACCACCUGGAUGGCCGCCCACCCAGGGCAGCUGUAUUUCAUCUUUGUGGGACUCUUCCAUCAAUCCCAACACCCUGCUCUUCUCUGCAUGGUCAUUUUUGUGGUUUUCCUGAUGGCCUUGUCUGGAAACACUGUGCUCAUCCUGCUGAUACACUCCAAUGCCCACCUUCACACGGCCAUGUACUUUUUCAUCAGCCAGUUGUCCCUCAUGGACACGGUGUACAUCUGCGUCACUGUGCCCAGGAUGCUCAUGGGCCAGGUCAGGGGAAUGAACAAGAUCUCAGCCCCUGAAUGUGGGGUGCAGAUGUUCCUCUACUUGACUGUAGGUGGUUCAGAAUGCUUCCUUCUGGCUGCCAUGGCCUACGACCGCUUUGUGGCCAUCUGCCAUCCUCUCCGGUACCCUGUCCUCAUGAACCACAGGGUGUGUCUCCUCCUGGCUUCUGGCUGCUGGUUCCUGGGGUCAGUGGAUGGCUUCAUGCUCACUCCCAUCACCAUGACCUUCCCCUUCUGCAGGUCGCAUGAGAUCCAUCACUACUUCUGUGAGGUCCCUGCCGUCAUCAAGCUCUCCUGCUCGGACACUUCCCUGUACGAGAGCCUCAUGUACCUGUGCUGUGUCCUCAUGCUCCUCAUCCCUGUGACAAUUAUUUCAAGCUCUUAUUCCUUCAUCCUCUUCACCGUCCACAGGAUGAACUCAACAGAGGGCAGGAAGAAGGCCUUUGCCACCUGCUCCUCCCAUAUGACUGUGGUCGUUCUCUUGUACGGGACUGCCAUCUAUAGCUACAUGCUCCCCAGCUCCUACCACACCCCCGAGAAGGACAUGGUGGUGUCUGUAUUUUACACCAUAAUCACUCCUGGGUUGAACCCUUUAAUCUACAGUUUUAGGAACAAGGAUGUUACCAGGGCUCUGAGGAAAACGCUAGUGAGUGCUGUCAUGCAGGAAGUAGUUCAGUAGGGAAUUGGCACACUAACGGCUUCUUUUCCUUCUCUCCACAAGUGGAUGUGUAGCAUCCCACUUCUGAUGUUAUUCCUCAGGAUCUUAUAGAAUCAAUUUUCAUGUAAUAGUCACCCAUUUUUGAAGAACUGUUUCCUUGUUCAUGGAAGCUUUUCAUUUAUACUCCUUGUGUAUUCAAAAUCCUCGUAUGAUGGCAUUGUAUUGGUGUAGUAUUUCCAAUCCAGUGGGAAGAUAUUCAUAUUGUUAGGAAACAAAUAAUAACCUCUUUGGAAGAGAGAGGUCAAGAAAUGUGCACCUGAUGAGGAAGAUAGAGAGGAAGAAGGAAAAAGGGUAACACAGUAACAUGGGUGAGUCUGGGCAAAGGAUGUAUGGGCAUUAAUUAUGUAUUGUAGUUUUCUGUAGAUCUGAAAUUAAUGUAGCAAUAACGAAUUUAAAAUCAGACUUUUUCCUUGGUCUUGAGUUCCUACUUUCUGCUUGGUGGCAGUGCAAAAUGUCUUAGAAAUCCGGCUCAUUUCCAUUUGCCAAUCAUCAGAGGCAAUCCAGCCUUGUGACCACUGUUCUGAGGGAUGCCUUUUUCCUGCCUGGUCCAGCCCUGCAAACUUCUGCGGGUACUGCCUCUGAAAUCAUAGUGCUUCAUGAUAGCUGUAGGAUCAAUGCACACAAAGGCUGUACGGAAAAAAUCAGUCCUAAGUGGAAGGUGGAAGGAGGAUUGAAAGAAGGGUCCCUGCACCAAGCAGCACUGGAGCUAGGAAUGAAGUGUGUACUACAGAAAAGUACAGGAGAGCACCAAGCAUCCUGUCUUUCACUAUGUCAACAUGUUAGGUAGGAAGUCAGAAAUGAG